CGUCUUGGUCAAUCGAGGUGAGAAGUGGGAACAACAUAGGCAAACAAAAUUUCGUGGUCUUCAUGCGCCCCGUUCCAUGAUUCUUGGAGGAGUCUUGGGGGGAGCCGUCUCUCGCAGUAUCUGGGCUCGCAUACUCCACCUACGUCGGCCCAUAUACACCGAGGCUCUCGACGCGACUACUACACCUCUCCGGUCGUCACCCGAACUUCAUCCAGAUCCAGCGGAAGGCGAACAGGAUUCGGACCCCGUCGUCCACUUUUCCAAGACACUCAAUUGGAUCCUUCGGCACAGUGCAGUCAAAAUGAAUGUGCCUAUUCAGCCCAACGGCUUCGUUCGUCACGAUCACAUCAAAAACUGCCCGCGUUUUAGCGGAAUGCCCUCCGAGGAAUUCGAUAGGGCAUUGGAGAUGGCAGGGGGGCUAUUCCAACAUGUUCUGGAGCGAGACGAGCGGACCGGAGUGCAAAUGUGGUGGAUGCGGGCCAGGCACAAGCACUCCAUUCCUUCCAUAGACACGAGACUUAGACGCGUGCGAUCCGUCAAAGAACUGCCCCACCUGGCUGGUACCACUAGUUUGGAGAAUUGGAAGUUCAUACAAACUUUCGGACUCCAAAAAAGCCCUGCAGACAACUUCCUCCACCUCAUUCCGACCCGAGCACCUCGAAAACUCAGCCAAAGCCUUGCCGGAAGCGCUGACGUUUGCAUUUACGUCGAUGUCGCGAAGAUUCUUGCCGCUGGAAUCCAGCUGCACAUACAUUCAUCUCAGAAGUUCGUGUUGACCACCGGAGACGACUCUGGCCGUCUUCCCCCGGAAUUCUUCCAUCAAGUACACCGGCUACAUUAUCGGCACGAAACCCUUCUCGUGAGAGAGCCUGAGAAACGGUCGUCGAAUGCAGUAACCUGACCAAAGCGAUUUAGGCAGAAGCUCGAAGAGCUUUGCGUCGGAUACGAAGAGGGCAUAUACUCCUCAGAAACGCCGGUCGCCCCAGGGGGGCAAGUAUGGCGUCACUUCCGGCCCACCAUAGUGCCACACUGGGCCUAUGAGUGCGAUGCGCUGGAAAUAGUUGGCACAUACAAUUGUAUCAGACCAGCCGCAAGCCGAGUCGAAAGACAUCCCCUUGCAAUCUACCAAUCAACCCAAUCCCACUUCAUUUGUAUACUCCACUAUCAGCAUUGGGUCGGUAUGAGUUUAAAAGCCUUUCUCGAGGCGCAGGAACUGGGAGGUACAAGUCCACGGUAAACCCAGCGACAGACCCGACCGCUUUGAACCUGAGUGGUGAUACCACAAAGAUUAUCGGCGUGAGUCACUGACAAUGGCAAAGUUGUUAAUCGAGAUAUGCAGUGUCAUGUACUGGCAAGGAUCGAGGGUUGUAAGGCGAUGCAUGAGCGUGCUUCAGCUUAAUACUAGUCAAUGAAAGAAGCCUUACACGCUGCCGCCGUACAAAACAAUCUUGGCCUUAUCCCAUCCCACACGAGCAGCGAGAAAAUUUGGGUAGGAUAUUUUUAGGCCUUUUCAAUGUUUCGACUACAACGACCUUUCGAGCAUAUAUAGCAAUCCAAGUACAUCGUUCAGAAGCGUGUUCUACGCACUCGGCCACUGUCUCACACUGUGCAUCAUAAACUAGGAACGAGUAGAGAAUAAUGGCACUCAGUACUAGUACUCAUCGAUGUCAACCCAGAAGACUUCUUGAAGAAGUCCGUUAAUUUAGUCAAUCUGCCAAGCAUGAGCGCUGAGCGCAGGAGUAGCCUGAGUACACAAGUGCUAUCUUGAUCAGGUGAUCGCGAUCCAAGCUACAGCCACAGCAUUCAGGAUCCAAUGACAGAGAAAGAUGACCCACUGCAACAAGGUCUGGUGCUUGAAGACGUUACAUCCAUGUGGCUCUUGUUUCCCAGCCAACCGAAACAAGACCAGGCACGUCCAGACCUCGUCUCGUGCUGUACAAGUGGCGACAGGGACGAGUUGUCGAACGGCCUUACUCGUAUUGCCUCAAGCGCAUCAAUAGCUGCCUUCGCAGUUGCCUCUUGUGUCGCCGAUAGCGCAGUAGGUGGAGAGAGUGGCAUCGUGUUGAGUGCGGAUAUUGAAAUCGCGCAUUCGAUGUAGUUCUGCUCUCCGCCGCUCCUGCCAAUGGCAGUUGGCUCAGUAUGUCAUGCCUGGAAGACCUUGAGCACUCACCCGUCCUACCUUGAGCCUACGGACGGCAGCGGCCAAAACGACUCUCCCUCUCCAUCGCGC